GGCGCGGGUCCUGCCGGGAAGGGAGCGGCGCGGCUCGGCCUCGCAGCCUGAGCGGCGGCGGCGGCGCCGCCAUGUCCGGGGGCAGCAGCGCUGGCGAGUGGUGCCUCAUGGAGAGCGACCCGGGCGUCUUCACCGAGCUCAUCAAGGGCUUCGGCUGUAGAGGAGCACAAGUUGAAGAAAUAUGGAGUUUGGAGCCAGAGAACUUUGAAAAAUUGAAGCCAGUCCAUGGGCUGAUUUUUCUCUUCAAGUGGCAGCCUGGAGAGGAGCCAGCGGGUUCUGUUGUCCAGGAUUCCAGACUGGAUACAAUAUUUUUUGCUAAGCAGGUCAUAAAUAAUGCCUGUGCAACUCAAGCCAUAGUAAGUGUGCUGUUAAACUGUGCUCAUCAAGACAUUCAUCUAGGAGAGACCUUGUCAGAAUUUAAAGAGUUUUCCCAAAGCUUUGAUGCUGCGAUGAAAGGUUUGGCACUGAGCAACUCAGAAGUGAUUCGGCAAGUUCACAACAGUUUUGCCAGACAACAGAUGUUUGAGUUUGAUGCAAAGUCUUCAGCAAAGGAAGAAGAUGCCUUUCACUUUGUAAGCUAUGUUCCUGUUAAUGGGAGGCUAUAUGAGCUAGAUGGCUUAAGGGAAGGACCAAUUGAUUUAGGUGCCUGCCAUCAGGAUGACUGGAUAAGUGCGGUGCGGCCCGUCAUAGAGAAGCGCAUACAAAAAUAUAGUGAAGGUGAGAUAAGGUUUAACCUGAUGGCUAUUGUGUCAGACAGAAAGAUGAUAUAUGAGCAGAGGAUUGCAGAGCUACAGCAGCAACUGGCAGAGGAGGAGCCUAUGGAUACAGAUCAAAGUAGUAAUAUGUUAAGUUCUAUACAAUCAGAAGUUGCAAAAUACCAGAUGUUAAUUGAAGAAGAGAACCAAAAAUUAAAAAGAUAUAAGAUUGAAAAUAUUAGAAGAAAACAUAACUAUCUGCCUUUCAUCAUGGAAUUGUUAAAGACUCUAGCAGAGCACCAGCAAUUAAUACCAUUAGUAGAAAAAGCAAAAGAAAAACAGAAUGCCAAGAAAGCUCAGGAGGCCAAAUGAAGAUGACUUUGCAAAACACAUUCAGUACUUGCUUCUGAUACUAUUUUCAUGACAACAAAUAAAACUUUUCAUAAACUUCAA